CCUGUAGUGACGUUUGUUUGUGCAAGACAAAAACAGUGUGAACACACGUAAUGUAUGUUGUAUUUUUGGAAGAGAACUGGCUGAACUUGAAGAUUGGUCGAUUCAACCAACGCGUUCGGGUUGAAAGAACGCGAGUCCCCGUUGUGUAUUCGCUGAACGGAGAGAAAAAGGAGUUCGACACCAGCGGAUGGACGGAGCGAGUCGGGAACAAAACAAACAGUGCACUCUGCAUGACCACGCUCGACUGGCUGAAUCAUUCCCACACUAGCCGACUACUUCACACUCGCCGCGGGGCCAUUUGAUUGUGUACGGUUGGCGUAUCACAACAAUAACAUUAACGGAAUAUUCCUCGGGGAGAUUUUGAGCGUUACGUCACAAGCUAUCGUCUUCGUUUUGCACGGUGACACAUAGUAGGUCUUUCUUCAGUGAGUUGAACGACUGAGUGGAGAAUGUGAAGCACAACCAUGGCCAACUUGGAAGCCUACCGGGAGUAUCAGAGGAUUGAGGACCUGGAGGAGGACUCUCCACCCGGGGAGGAGGACUUGCUGCUCCAUGUGCCUGAAGGCCUGAAAGAUUCAUGGCACCACAUCAAGAACUUGGAUAACUUCUUCACUCGAAUCUAUCAUUUUCAUCAAAAGAAUGGCUUCGCCUGCAUGAUGCUGUCAGAGUUCUUUGAACUUGUUCAGUUUUUGUUCGUCGUCACGUUCACGACGUUCUUGGUCAACUGUGUGGAAUAUGAUGUCCUGUUCGCCAACCGUGCUGUCAAUCACACGGGGCCGGGCCACAACCCGUUGGACAGAAGCAAGGUCACCAUCCCCGAUGCCCUUUUGCCCAGCCAGCAGUGCACUCAGAUCAUCCAAGAGAACAGUUGGAUCAUAUUUCUUCUCAUCAUGGCAGCCAUCUUCUGGCUCUAUCGACUCAUCAAGGUCAUUUGCAACGUCCUGAGCUACUGGGAAAUCCGGCAGUUCUACAUUAAAGCGCUGAAGAUCAGAAUGGAUGAACUAUGCAACUUCACAUGGCAGGAAGUCCAGGACCGUCUCAUCAGCCUGCAGCGAGAGCAGCAAAUGUGCAUCCACAAGAAAGAGCUGACAGAACUGGACAUCUAUCACCGCAUCCUGCGCUUCAAGAACUACAUGGUGGCCAUGAUCAACAAAUCCCUGCUUCCCGUGCGAAUACAGCUCCCCCUCGUGGGCGACGUGGUCUUCCUCACGCAGGGCUUAAAGUACAACUUUGAGCUCAUCCUCUUCUGGGGCCCGGGCUCGCUGUUCCAGAACAAGUGGAACCUGCACCCCAAGUACAAGCGCAGCGGCAAUCGGCUGGAGCUGGCGCAACAACUCAGUAGGGUCAUCCUGCUCAUGGGCGUGGCCAAUCUGCUGCUAUGUCCCUUUAUUCUGGUGUGGCAGGUGCUCUACGCAUUCUUCAGUUACACAGAGAUCGUCCGCCGCGAGCCCGGGAGUCUGGGCGCACGUCGCUGGUCUCUCUACGGAAGACUGUACCUGCGCCACUUCAAUGAGCUGAACCACGAGCUGCACGGACGCUUGGGCCGAGGCUACAAGCCCACGUCCAAAUACAUGAACUCUUUCACGUCGCCGCUGCUCACAGUUCUGGCUAAAAAUGUCGCCUUCUUCUCGGGCUCGGUAUUGGCCGUGCUCAUUGUGCUGACUGUCUACGACGAAGACGUCCUGACGGUGCAACACAUUCUGACUGGCAUCACAGUGCUUGGGGUGGUUAUCACCAUCACCAGGUCCUUCAUCCCAGACGAGCAUAUGGUUUGGUGCCCAGAACAGCUGUUGCAGUGCAUGCUGGCCCACAUCCACUAUAUGCCGGACCACUGGAGGGGAAGUGCUAACAAGAGCGAAACCCGUGACGAGGUGGCACAGCUGUUCCAGUACAAAGCGGUGUUCAUCCUGGAGGAGCUGCUCAGUCCUAUCAUUACGCCCUUCAUUCUCAUCUUCCUGCUGAGGAACAAGUCUCUCGAGAUCAUCGACUUCUUCAGGAACUUUACAGUGGAGGUGAUUGGUGUGGGAGACAUCUGCUCCUUUGCACAGAUGGACAUCAGACGCCACGGGAAUCCAACUUGGCUGUCCGAGGGCCAGACGGAGGCGUCGGUGUACCAGCAGGCCGAGAACGGCAAGACGGAGUUGUCACUCAUGCACUUCACCAUUAAGAAUCCACACUGGCAGCCACCGCUGGAUAGCUCGGUGUUCAUCAGCCACCUGAAGGAGAAGGUGCAACAUGACGCGCAAGGCGGUCCUUCCACGCAGCUCCUGCUUUCUGAGGCUCCUCUGUGUACCUCUCUGCAGUCCAACGAGUCUGCUACCGGGCCUGAAAAUCUGCUGGCCAGCGUCCUGGCGCACCCCGUUCUCACCGCGUCAGGACUACAAGGCAGAGAUCACCGCUUUAUCCCACCAAGUACGGCAGCAUCAGCCGCCGCCAGUGUCCUGGCCUCUUUGUCCACUUCCCAGCUGCUGCACACUGGGCGGGGACACGCGCAACGCAACCAAGCUUCCUCAAUACAUCAAGAGAGCACCAUCUACCACAGUGAUCGAACCACUCUCGACAGUAUGUCAUUCAGUGAUAGCCGUUUAAGGAGCAAUGCGCUGCACUCGGAGUUUGCCUCAGCAGAGAUGAGCCUUCAUGCUAUCUACCUGCACGAGCUCCACCAGCAGACGUCGCACCCGCAGAGAAGUUCAGGGCUUUGGCAUAGCACGGUGCCAAUGACUGAGCUACAUGGCAACACUGGUUUCCUCGCCCACGUUGGUUCUACGCCGUCUUUGGUCACACCGGUGCAUCUUGGUGGGUGGCGAGAAGAAGAGGAGGAUGAGGAAGGUGAAGAAGAGAUAAAUAAUGGAUCUACCUUGAAACAGGACACCAGGACUCUUUGAAGUGCCUUAUGACAUAAGUGUUUACAUUUGACUUUUCACCAAUGAACAUUGUGGCCUUAGAAGACCUUCAGCACGGACCUUUAAAUCCAUCCUUUUGACACGUGGACAAAACACAUGAAGAAACCACUAUCUUCUUCUGCACAGACAUCAGGGAAGCAUAUAUGUUUUCAUUUUGUCCAGAUGAACCAUUUGCGUGCGUGCGUCUGUGUGUGUGUGUGUGUGUGUGUGUG